AUGAGGAAAAUCACAGUCAAUGUGAAGGCCUCUAAUGAUAAAAAAUAUGCUAUUGAAGUUGAUGUUGAUGCAACUAUUGAAGAAUUUAAGCAGUUGAUUUCAACUAAAGCGGAUAUUACGCCAGAACGACAGCGAUUGAUUUAUAGUGGAAGAGUUUUAAAAGAUGAAGAAAAGAUUGAGACAUACAAGGCAUGUAUAUCAGAUGGACAUACAGUACACCUUGUUCGAGGGGCGGGAACACAGCGACAAGAUAGAGAUAUGGGAUCAUCUGCAGCACAAAUAUCUCAGCAGAUUCCAAGGACGAUAUCUGCAGGAACAGGCAUAAAUAAUCCAUUCUCGGCGCUUAUUAGUGCACAAUAUGCAGGACAAGUGCAGCUUCCGCCAGCAUCUACCUUUGGACCAGAUGGUGGAAUGACAAGUUUUCCACCGACGCCAGAGCAGCUUUCUCAGAUAAUGAGUCAACAAGGAAUGCAGGAGGUUAUGCGUGAGAUGCUCUCGAAUUCUCAACUUAUGGAUUAUAUUAUUAGUACCAAUCCUCAACUUAGAAGUGUUCCUCCGGGAAUCCAAGAAAUGAUGAGAAGUGAAGACUUCAUUCGUAUUAUGUCAAACCCUGAAACAAUACGACAGAUUAUGGAGAUGCAGAGGGUAUUUGGUAGUUUAGGAAUGGGUGUAGGAAAUAUUUUUGCAGGGUCAAAUGAGCCAAGAAUGGAGACACCAUCAGAACAGCAAUUGUCAACGCAAAUAGAUACACCGGUUCAAACGAAUACUACGGUGCCACUUUUGAAUUUAGCUGAUAAUGGGUUACCGCCUCAGCAAAAUCCUGGGUCAGUACCACCUAAUAAUCUUUUUGCAACGAUGGCGACGUUAUUGUCCAACAUGGGAACUCAACAGCAAAAUACGAAUGCAAGUGGGUUUGAUCCUGCUUUGUUUCAGUCGUUUCUUGCUAGUUUGGUUACACCACAACCUCAACAAACAUUACCACCGGAGGAGCGAUUUCAAGAACAAUUAAGACAGUUAAAUGAACUAGGUUUUACAAACUUUGACCGUAAUAUUCGAGCAUUAGGACGAAGCGGAGGCUCUGUGCAGGGAGCUAUCGAAGCAAUGUUGGAUGGUGAUGUUUAA